CUUCCUGCGGUUUGGGGCCCGGCGCGCGGGAAGAGGCGGCGGGCGCGAGCAGGCCGGGGGGCGUCAUGGAGGAGGUGGACGGGGAGCCGCCGCUCACCCCCAUCCCCGGCGUGAAUCCCGAGAAGAAGCAGAUGUGUUUCGACUGGGGGCCCGGUGAGAUGCUGGUGUGUGAGACAUUAUUCGGGAAGAAAGAGGCUGUGGUGGGGGUGGCCGGCUGCCCCUUCAUCUACAUCGUCCGGAAGGACAUGGACGUGUAUUCCCAGAUCCUGCGCAAACUCUUCAACGAGUCUCACAGCAUCUUUGUGGGACUGCAGCGCAGUGAAGAGGAGCUGGCGGGCAAGUCCAGGAAGACCCAGUUGGUCCGUGUGAGCAAAAACUACCGGUCGGUCAUGAGGGCCUGCAUGGAGGAGAUGCACCAGGUGGCUGUGUCGGCCCAAGACCCCGGGUGUGGACGCCAGUACAGCAGCCAGGUCUCAAUUCUGUCUGCGAUGGAGCUGAUCUGGAACCUCUGUGAGAUCCUGUUCAUAGAGAUGGCCACAGCGGGGCCGCUGCUGCUGCUGCUCCUGGACUGGAUCCGGCUGCACGUGUGUGAGAUGGACAGCCUGUCUGCCGACGUCCUGGGCAGCGACAGUCCCACCGACCACCAGAGCUUCUGGGAUUUGGUGACGCUGUUGGUGCUACAGGGCCGCCUGGGGGAGGCGCGACAGAUGCUCUGCAAGGAGGCGGACGCCAGCCCGGCGGCGGUGGGCGUGUGCGGGAUCCUCGGGGACCUCAUGCGGGCCAUGCCCAUCCUCAGCCCGGGGAACAUGCAGACCCUGACAGAGCUGGAGCUGAAGUGGCAGCACUGGCAUGAGGAGUGUGAGCGUCACCUCCAAGAUGGCACCUUCGCCGCCCACCCCCGCCUGGAGACGCUCUGUAAGAUCCUGGUGGGGGACGAGGAAGCGCUGCUGGGCCAGAAGAGGCUCCUCAGCACGUGGUAUCACUUCCUAGUCACCAGGCUUCUCUACGCCCACCCUACGGUCAAGCCCGCUGAGUUGCAUUUCUACGCACAGUCCAGCCUGGAUCUCUUCCUGGGCAGUGACGGCAGCCCGGAGCCGCUGGACAACAUCUUGAUGGCGGCCUUUGAGUUCGACAUUCACCAAGUGAUCAAGGAGUGCAGCAUCGCCCUCAGCAACUGGUGGUUCGUGGCUCACCUGACGGACCUGCUGGACCACUGCAAGCUCCUGCAGUCCCACAACCUCUAUUUUGGCUCCAACAUGCGUGAGUUCCUCCUGCUGGAAUUUGCUUCAGGGCUGUUCGCUCAUCAUAGCCUGUGGCAGCUGGGGGUGGAUUACUUCGACCACUGCCCCGAGUUCGGCCGCGUCUACCUGGAGCUGCACAUGGAGCGGAUCCCCCUGGACACGGAGCGCAAGGCUCUCAAGGUGCUGCGCAUCUGCGAGCAGCGGCAGAUGGCAGAGCAGGUUCGCAGCGUCUGUAAGAUCAUGGCCAUGAAAGCCGUCCGCAACAACCGGCUGGGUUCCGCACUGUCCUGGAGCAUCCGGGCCAAAGACGCCGCCUUCGCCACCCUCGUGUCAGACAGGUUCCUGCAGCAUUACUGCGAGCAGGGCAGCUUCUCGGACCGGGACCUCAUCGACAACCUGGGCUCCUCCAUCAUGCUCAGCGAUCGCCUGACGUUCCUGGGGAAGUACCGCGAGUUUCACCGUCUGUACGGGGAGCAGCGCUUUGCCGCCGCGGCCUCCCUGCUGCUGUCGCUCAUGACCUCCCACAUCGCCCCCCGCUCCUUCUGGAUGACCCUGCUGACCGACGCCCUGCCCCUCCUGGAGCAGAAGCAGGUCAUCUUUUCUGCAGAGCAGACCUACGAGCUGCUGCAGUGCCUGGAGGCUCUGAUGGCCAUCAAGACGGGGCCUGAGGGCCAGCGCCUGCAGGACGACGACGGCGUGGAGGCGACCAAACUGGAGAUGCUGCGGCUGGCCCUGGCCCGGAACCUGGCCCGCGCCAUUGUGCGGGACGGCACCCUGGAGGGCUCCUGAGCCUGGCCGCUCCCCCCCCCACCGCUCUGUACAUACACCAUUUUUAAAAAAUAAACCUGACUUUUUGCAACUCCA